GUAAUGUGGGGGGUAUAUGGCGUGCUCUUGGGCCCAGGGUCCGUAUUGCGAAGGCGAAAGUGUGCCGUGUAUAUAAGGCCCCGAACGAACAGCAAUCAGCAUCCAGUUCACUCCUGGACGUACCCAGAACAUCGUGAGAGCCAAAAUGAGAAUCCUGAUCUAUUUAGCGGUAGUCGCUCUUAUAUUCUCGGUCGUUUGGGCCGAGGAAGCCGGAAAAGCGGCGGAAGACAAGAGCGUGGCAUCAAAGAAGCAGGAGAAGCGUGGCCUUCUUGGUCUUGGAUACGGCUAUGGCUAUGAUGCUGGAUAUGAUGUCGGAUCGGCUGGACAUGGUGGUGUGGAAUUGGGCCACGGAUAUGGUGGAGGAUAUAGCGGAGGGUACGACGGCGGAUAUGGCGGAGGAUAUGGUGGCGGAUACGGACACGAGCACGUUAAGACCGUGACCGUAGUUAAGAACGUAGCCGUGCCAUAUCCCGUGGAGAAGCACAUCCCUUAUCCGGUGGAGAAGCCAGUACCAGUCCCUGUAAAAGUUCCAGUACCACAACCCUAUCCGGUAGAGAAGCACGUGCCUUAUCCAGUGAAAGUUCUUGUCAAGGUCCCAGUCCACGUGCCGCAGCCUUACCCUGUCGAGAAGAAAGUUCCCUACCCAGUACACGUUCCCGUAGAUAGGCCCUACCCUGUCAAGGUCUUGGUCCCGCAACCCUACCCGGUUGAAAAGCAGGUACAUGUUCCUGUAAAGGUCCCAGUACCACAGCCCUACCCCGUUGAGAAACCCGUUCCCUAUCCAGUCAAGGUUCCCGUUCAUGUACCAGCACCCUAUCCGGUUGAAAAACUCGUACCCUACCCAGUGAAGGUACCAGUUGAUCGUCCGGUCCAUGUCCCAGUUCCCAAACCCUAUCCAGUUCACAUUGAGAAGCCUGUACCUUACCCAGUUGAAAAACCAGUGCCCUAUCCCGUAAAAGUACCUGUCGACAGGCCCUACCCAGUAACCGUUGAGAAGCCCGUAGCCGUUCCAGUGAAAGUACCUGUACCUCAGCCCUAUCCAGUAGAGAAGCCAGUACCAUAUCCGGUGGAGAAGCCUGUACCAUAUGCGGUCAAGGUGCCAGUCGACAGACCGUACCCGGUACAUGUCGAAAAACCGGUACCAUACCCAGUUGAGAGACCAGUACCGGUUCCAGUAAAGGUACCGGUAGCUGUACCAGUCCAUCACGGUGGUUACGAGAAUAGUUAUGGUGGUUACGAGGGUGGAAGCGAUGGAUAUCACUAUGGUCAUCAUUAAUCAAUCAACAGGCAUAACUCCCUCAUCAUUAGUGGCUUCUAGGUCGAGGACGAUCGACGACGACAACGACGAGGAAUCAGUUUGAUAUCCAGCAUUUCUCAUAGUAUAUUACGCAUAAUAGGUAUGUUGUUGGCGUCGUCAUCGUCAUCAUCGUCGUUGAGCUGCACUUCGAUAGACACGCACUUGUACCUGGAUCCGAUAUCUCGAUGAGAGAGGUUCGUUACGAGUUUGUAUCGGAUUUCGAUCGUAUCCUCGAGAUCGGUCGUAAUAAUAAAGAAUAAAAAGAAAUCGCGGAGCCCGCGGCACAGCGACGUGUGCCAAGCUAAAGAGGGAGAAAAAAAAUUAGUUAAGAUGCUCGAGCUUUUUAGUGAAACGCGUUCUCUCCCUUAUCUUACUUUUGUACCGAGAUAGCAAAGUAUGUAUUUUUUUUUAUAUAAAAUAAUAUAAUUGUGACAGAAAAUUA